AUGGGUGUUCCAUUAAACCUAUUUACAAAUACAUCUCCUCCCCAUCAAUUAGAUGCACUUAAAAGCGACCCGAAGGUUUAUUUUUUGGACAAUCUCUCUGGAAAGAUAACGCCGAUCGACCUUGAGAUAAAAUCAGCUUUAGAAAUAUAUCUCAAUCAAUGUGAGGGCCACGAUGCUAUUGGCUCUAGCUAUGCAAUGCAACCCCCAAUCAAUGCGCCACAAAGUAGAAAUGAAUUGAGGCUAAGGUAUCCUGUUUCAAGAUCGCGAAAUGAAGAGCCCAUCACAGUAUCGGCCAGGAAUCGCAUUUCAACCUUGAGGAAUCUAGAAAGAUGGACCAUCAAUCUAUCGCAAAAUCAGUAA